AUACUAUAAAGAGAUUCUUUCCCUUUCAUGGAUCAACGAACAUGAUGAAUCUCGUAAAGUUCAAGGUUACUACAUUUCUCGACUUUUUUAUUAUAUCGUUUCUUUUUUUCCACUCUUCAUUCAAAAUUAAUCGAAUCGCUGUUUCGAUCCGAUGUCGUAGUAAAGUAAUUUAAAAAAAAAAAACAAAUGUAAAUUGAAGAAAAAAAAAAUUCAUUUCGUAUUGAAUUAUACACGGAUUCUCGGUAUACAAAGAAAAGAAAAAAAAUGUGACCAAACCGGUCCAUUAUAUCAUUUUGAAUUCUAUCUUUUUACGAUAAUUCCCUGUAAAGCGUAAACAUGUAUGCAACGCACGAUCUUAGUUCGAUUCCCCCAUUAAAAAAGGCGGCAAGGAUUUUGACGUCAACGCGCAGCAAGGUUUCGCCUCCCACUAGGAGGAACACUAGGCUUCGUGGUUGGAAAUCCUCGGCGCAGAUGCGACUUCGGAAAGGGACGUUCCGACGCCUGUAACGCUCACCACGACAUCGAAACGCGGGGGAACGCGGUUGAUCAGCAGUUUCUGAGAUGUCGACACGAACGACGCAUACUUCUUGCCGUUAAUUCUACGCGUGCCGUCCCUCGCGUGUGUCCCUCGUGCGUGUGCGCGUGUAAGUAGAUAAGCAUGUGCGGAUUCAUGUGUCGCGUAUAGUCAGCCACAGGACGUCGCGCAUCCUCGAUAUUUCCACCUGACGGACACCCGCCAGGUACGUGCAAUCAUCGAUUAUCGCAAGUUACCAGUUACCAGUCGACAACAGUUUUAUCUUUACCGCGCGAAAUGAAUAACGAUCUAGCGCGAUGGAAAUGGAUGCGUGCCGUUUGAGGGUAGAACUAUUCGCUAUUUUGAAAUAAUAGAAUUUUUGAGCUUGCUUCUUCUUUUUUUUUUUCGAAGGAACGCUCGUCAAAACGUGCUUUGCCUCGUAAUUGGACGGAGCGGGAAAGUAUCGAAAGUGGCUUUCGCUUUACGGAAGAUUUAAACGCUUUCGUAAACGGUAUCGUUCUCCCCCAGAAACUGAACGUUCAAAACGUUACGCCACGGUGUUGCCGUUUGCCAAAUCGCGUCGCUGCUUGUUCUUGCUCGGUUGUCAUCUUUCCACUUGUCGCCUAUAUAGCGAUCAGCAACAUUGCAACACGUUCCAUCGAUGCCUAUUUUCGAUGUGCAGUUUAUUUUACGAACGAUCCCGAUGUGUCGGUUAGCGCAACGCAUACCGCGCAAUUACAACGGACGCGUAUUAUUCUAAUAUUUACUCAGUGUAUUUCGUGCGUGUAAAGAAAAAAAAGAGGAAGAGGAACAAGAAGAAGAAGAAGAAGGAAAGAAAAGGAAGGAAACGGUUUGACGCUUUGAUCGGGAUAUGUGCCGAUGCGUCUAAUAAUGGGACUGCUCGCCAUGCGACGUCGGUCCACCUGCUAUCCUUUGUCAUGCUAAUUGUGCAACCUGACUUCCCUUCCACGAGAAGCGAACGAGAAAACACCGUACGUCUCGACCGACGAAUCGAUAAAGCGGGGUGUGGCUUUGCAACGGUGGAGAAUUUCCAAAGUCUGACCACGCGGGGAUCUUGUUCAUUCCGAUUCAAUCCAAGAACGGGAGGAAUACGAGAUUGAUUCAGGAUGAUAGCCUGCUGGGUAUUGACCGGUGUAUUCGGAGCUAUCGUGUUGCUGUACGGGGUGAUAGAGGUCCAUUAUUUCCUUCGCAUGUUCUUCAUCGUGUUCUUCGCGCGUUUCUGCAAGAAGAGAGUUCGCAUCCUCGACGAGACCACUGUAUACGGUAUCUGCACCACGACGGACGUGGAUCCAUUGCUCUCCCACAUGAACAACGCGAGAUACCUUCGCGAGCUAGAUUUCGCCAGGGCGGAUUUUUACGAAAGGACGAACCUGUAUCGCGAGAUAUGCUCGCAAGGGUCGGGCGUCGUGCAAGGAGCUGCGACGAUACGUUAUCGCCGUUUCCUGAAACCUUUCACCAUCUUCAAAAUAACUUCUAAGAUUAUAUAUUGGGAUGAAAAAUCCAUAUUCAUGGAGCAUCGAUUCAUUACGACCAGCGAUGAAUUCGUCAGAGCUAUCGCUAUAUGCAGGCAAAAACUUUUGGACUGCAACGCCGAGACUAUAAUCAGUACACUAAUGGAACGGGGCGUGAAGCAAAACGUAGAGGCGGGUGCACCACAGAUACACAACGUGAGACCCCAAAUGCCACCGGAAGUCGCCAGGUGGUUGGAGAGUAACGAAAUCUCUUCGGCGCUUCUUCGCCAGAGUGCCGCUGCGACCACGCAUUGCUGACAAAAGGAGGACGCGGCGUCCAGCACAAAUGGCGCCGUCUCCACUUCCGUGUACGCGACUACGGCCGUCUAAGGUCGAAGAUUCGAUCGAUGCUGGCUUUCGUUGAUCGUGAAGGCGUUAAUGAAAUCUUCCACGUAGCCGCUCGAACGGCAGCUACGAGAUAGCUUCGAAUCAAUUUUUUAGGUGAACAAAUUACGGGUGAUCGUUAAGUUUGAAGCUUUUAUCGAUUGCAAAUCCGAUGGAUGUUUCGGAUGGUUUCUCGAUGGUUAAGAGGGUAGCUUAAUAUUGCCAUUUUGUCCGCCUGAAAAUUUGGUUUAACGUUAUUUGUAGCGUGGUUCCGAUGUGUAUUAUAUAAAUAUGUAUACAUGUAUAUACAUAUAUAUAUACAUAUAUGUAGCCGAUGUCAAAAAAGGAAGGAAAUUGUUUUGAAAGAAAGAAAUUGAUGAGGAAGAAAAAAAUUUAAGAGUACAAAGGCUAGACAGAGAUGUGAAAUUAUUUUAAUAGGCAAUAGUAUAUGCGCGACUAUCGGACUAUAUAAGGUAUGAUCCUCCCUCGAGCGAGAGGGGAGGAAUUUAUUUACAGAAUUUAUUUGAUAGAUUCCGUGAUUUUCAAUAUGCUUUACGAGAAAUCUGUCCAGCAACCGUGGAACGGAUUGCUGUUAGAUGGGCGUCGAGCAAGGUUACAGAUACGAAACCAAUGUGUAAUCCAAAGGAGCUUCCAAAAUUAAAAAAAAAGAGCACCGUUUGUUAAAUAUUCUCCGUUGAAAGUAAUCGCAAGACGCGAGGCGUUAUUUACAUUUUUUAUUAUAUAUAUUAUAAAUAUAGUAUAUAUAUAUAUUGUACAUAUAGCGAUUGGCGCCGGUAAUGAUUUCCGCGAGAGAGGAAGAGGAGAGAGAGAGAGAGAGAGAGAGAGAGAGAGAGAGAGAGAGAAUAAAUUAAUAGAAUUCUUCUGAGGAGCUGUUCCGUCGAUGAUAAAUAAAUAAUAACAAUUUAUAUAUUUACGAGCGCGUUAAGAGGCGAGUGUUUAUACUUCUAUAUACAGUGUUACAGGUGCCUUUACAAUUCGAUUGUUGAAUAAUUAGACCGUGACAUCGAUUUGCCACGCGUCGUUACAAUUUUAAAUUCCAUUUGUUAUCAUUACUGCAUUUAUUAUUAUUAUUAUUUUAUAUGAUAGGACAAGUCCGGCAAUCGGGAGUUAAAAAAAAAAAAAAAAAAGAAAGAAAUUGUAUGCGGCUCUCGCGUGAUUAAUUUUUUGUUUUUAAAUCGUGUACAAUACCUUGUUACCGACGCCAUUUGCGACGAACAAAUUCAUUAUGGUGUAUUUCUUAACUUAAAUUUCGAAGUAAAUCGGUAUUCGUAGUUUUCGCCAUUGAAAAGUAGCCGACGACGUAGCGAGUCUCGAAACAGCUAAAUAGAAUUGUCCACGUGGAAUACACGUGGACGCGUUAUUAUAAUUCUAGAUGAUAAUAGUGCCAUUUUUUUUUUUUUUGUUAAAUAAUAUUGCGUUGAUCAUGUCGUUGAAGAUACCAUUAUUAUCCAGGAGUAAGAAUAAAUAUUCCUUAGAUGGCUAAUGUUUUCUCGUUGAAAAAAACACACAUUUACUUUAUUUUUCUACACCAUUUGUUUAAAAACAAUAGUUAUACGAAGUUUAAAAUUAAUCGUCGAUGAAACAUUAGGAAUCGAAGUCGAGUCGAACGAUGAUGUGAUUUUCGAAAACGUUCUAAACGAAUAAUAAUUUAAUAACGUGUUAAAUAUAUUUCAUGAAAAAUUCACGACAUCAUAUCCGAUUCACUUUUCUUUCUAUGGCAAAUUUCUAGGGGCAUUCACAUAAAUGUUUUCCAAUAUAUGAUCGUACGUGUAACGAGAAACAUAUAUUUUUCGAUAUCUUAUCUAUUUUCUUUUUCUUUUUUUUUUUUUUUUGAAUUAAUAAA